AUGGAGUCCUUCCUUCACGGUCUGGCAGUGUAGAUCUAAACACAGAAUGGCACACAUAUUUAUAUCAGCUCUUGUCCUCUAUGGCUUGUGUAAGUUUUCUAAGUCAUUAUGAUUAUGUGAUUCAUAGUUGAGACUAGGUUUAGGUAUAGUAGUGCAUGAGUGGACAGAAAGUUCUUGUUUGGAAUUGUUUCUAAACCUUUGUCUUCUCUCUUUCAGAUCUGACCCCUGUUGUGUCUGUCUCUCCUCCUCCCUCAGGGGUGGUCCAUCCUGGAGAUAAUGUCACUCUGCAGUGCACCAAUGUCACUAGAGCUCCAGGACACGUUGGCUGGUUCAAGCAAGUCAACGACUCAGAGCCCCUAGGCAUCGCGUCUAUGUACAGCUCUGAGUCACCUGUCCAGCUUCACAAUGGUUUUCAGCCCAGCCAUAUGGAAAUGUUUGUCAGCCAUAGAAUAAUCUUCCUCAAAAUCACAGAGUUGGAUGUAGCUGAUUCUGGUCUUUACUUCUGUGGAAUGUUCGAUAAAUACAUCAUCUUCACCAAUGCAACUCUCCUGAAGUUCCAAGGUAAUCUUUUCAACAACUUGUCUGCUAUGACUCCAAAUGCACUAACAUGUAUAUGAGGUAUCAGAGAUAUUAUUGAGAAAAUGUUGGAGAUAUAAUACUAUCGUACUACAGUUGGAAUAACAGUGGGAAUAUUUAUCUCUCCUAAUCAUCCAAAAGGUCACAACCAUUCAGAAAAGUACCUUACAGAGCACUGUGAAGAAGGUAUGUUUAUUCUGUUAUGUUAAGUGAGAAUCUUUCGUAAAUUAAUUAAUAUGAUGUACCAUGAAAGUACCGCAGAAUAUAAAUAAAGUGCAACAGCAUGCUAUAGCAACCUAGACUGAGAAUGUUCCAUUGGUAGCAAACGGGGUAAUGUUUUAAAUAGUUCUGAUUCUGAUUGAAAUCGGUAGACAGACCUGAGCGUCCUGUUGGGCUGACACUAUUGUUUUUAGCUUCUAUGAUCAAAUGUAAUGCAGCGAAGCUCACAAUACCUUUAAGGUAUACUAUAGUGUGACUAAAAGCCAAUGCUCCUGCCAAACGCAUGUGUUCUUCCGUUCAGUGAUCUACUUGGUGCAGUCAGAGGAGUGCCCCCUAUUGGUUAACAACCACCAACUCCAGCCAAUUGUUAUCCACCCCAGAUAGAAUGGCCAAAAUAAUGACUAGACACAACUUUAAUGGGUGUCAUCACUGUGAAAACAUAUUUUUAAUGUUUACUAUCCAGACCCGUUAUUACUUUAAAAUUGACAAUAUACAGUAUGUUUUACCAACUUAAAAUGGUAAUUCUGGGAACUUCUAUGAUGAUAAACUACAGCCUACAAUAAUAUAUUAUCAUUCUCUCUCUCAAACCAAAUGUAAGAGUGGAAAGUCAGUGGUUGGUGUUAAGAACAAAAUAAUCUGUGGUCAUUUUAUGCAGCUAUGGCUCUCACACCAUGUCCCGCCCCUAAUCACAAAUUACUUUCAUCUAAAGGUGUAGUCCUUCCUUCAUGGACUGGCAGUGUAGAUCUAAGCACAGAAUGGCACGCAUAUGUUUACCAGCUCUUGUCCUCUACAGCUUGUGUAAGUUUUCUAAGUCAUUACGAGUUUAUGAUUCAUAGUUGAGACUAGGUUUAGGUAUAGUAGUGCAUGAGUGGACAGAAAGUUCUUGUUUGGAAUUGUUUCUAAACCUUUGUCUUCUCUCUUUCAGAUCUGACCCCUGUUGUGUCGGUCUCUCCUCCUCCCUCAGUGGUGAUCCAUCCUGGAGAUAAUGUCACUUUGCAGUGCACCAAUGUCACUGGAGCUCCAGGACACGUUGGCUGGUUCAAGCAAGUCAACGACUCAGAGCCCCUAUGCAUCGCGUCUAUGUACAGCUCUGAGUUACCUGUCCAGCAUUACCAUGGUUUUCAGCCCAGCCAUAUGGAAAUGUUUGUCAGCCAUAGAAUAAUCUUCCUCAAAAUCACAGAGUUGGAUGUAGCUGAUUCUGGUCUUUACUUCUGUGGAAUGUUCGAUAAAUACGUCAUUUUCACCAAUGCAACUGUCCUGAAGGUCCAUGGUAAUAUUUUCAACAACUUGUCUGCUAUGACUCCAAAUGCACUAACAUGUAUCUGAUGUAUCAGAGAUAUUAUUGAGUAAAUGUUAGAGAUAAAAUACUAUAAUGUUCUCUCUUAAUAUAACUCUCCUAAUCAUCCAACAGGUCACAAAGAUUCUGAAAAGGACCUUACAGAGCACUGUGAAGAAGGUAUAUUUAUUCUGUUAUUUUAAGUGAGAAUCUUUUGUAAAUAAAGUAAUAUGAUGUACCAUGAAAGUGCCACAGAAUAUAAAUAAAGUACAACAGCAACUUAUAGUAACCUAGCCCUAGAAUACUUGUUAUUUCAGUUGCUGAUCCACAGAUGAGAAUCCUGGUCCUUCUCUCCAUCAUAAGAACUGGAGUUCUCCUCUGCUGUCUGACCAGCUUCAUCAUCAUCUACACCACCAGGAAAUAA